AUUAAAUUUUUCUCAAGGACAUCUUGAAUUAAAUAUUUAAAAAAAAGUAAUAUUAUGAAAUUUUUAAAAAGGUUCAUUAUAAGCCAUAGAAGCAAAAGCAAAAGUAACAGUUAUUUUAAGUUUGGUAUGUGCAUUACGCUCGGAGUAGAUUGGAUCCUUCACCUGCCGUUAUUCUGUAGAGUCAGUUCAGUGUCAAAGUCCGUAGCUAGAUGCAUUCCGCUGUUAUUGUCGUCGUUACAACUAAAAUAGUGGGUUCAGUUAUAUCGAUAUAUUUAUUUCUUUUUUCAAUCUAAAAUGUCAUUUAUAUUUAUUUAAAAUUCUUCCCAUUUUUGGUAAAUUUUAACGGAAGUUAAAGCCUAUAACAUUGUUGGAGGAGAAGUUUCUGUAUUUUUCCUAUUUACUUUUCUACCUGGUGCGUCCGACCUGUACCGAAAGCUACCGAAUGGACUCGUUAAGGAAGGUGCCGGUCAUCGUGGCAUCAGCGCUGUAACAAAGUGUGAUUUUUUUUACUUUUUUUAACUAUAGUACAAGUUACAAGUUUCCCGUGAUCAUCAUCAUCACCAGUGAUUAUAAAAGUUGUAAAUUCAAUUUUUCAAAAUUUUUUCCCUACCAAAGUUGCUAUUUAGAUUUAUAAUUAGAAAACAAUUAAAUAUGUCAUUAUAAAAAGUAUCGUUUUAAACACCAUGAACAAAGUGUACAUUAAAAUAAUUAUUUGAGGUGCAGUGGAGUGUUUUAAUGGCGUAAAAAUAUAUUACUUAAUUACGUUAUAACUCGAUUUCCUGGAUUUUUUACUUUCGGCACUAGCUCUAAGAUAUCACCGUAAUAACAAGCAGUGAAGAGAAAUGGUGAUCGUUACUCGGGGCGAUUACAUAUGGAUAGAGCCCAUCUCAGGAAGGGAAUUUGAUGUUGCUAUUGGUGCUCGAGUUGUUUCAGCAGAAGGCAGACGUAUUCAAGUAAAAGACGACGAUAAUAAGGAACAAUGGCUAACACCCGAAAGACGUAUAAAAGCUAUGCACGCUACAUCAGUGCAGGGUGUAGAAGAUAUGAUCAGUUUGGGAGACCUCCAUGAAGCUGGGAUUUUGAGGAAUCUUCUUAUUCGUUACAACGAAAAUCUUAUUUACACGUAUACUGGUUCCAUAUUAGUGGCUGUGAAUCCAUAUCAAAUAUUACCAAUAUACACUGCUGAACAAAUAAAACUUUACAAAGAUCGAAAAAUUGGUGAAUUACCUCCACACAUAUUUGCAAUAGGAGAUAACAGUUAUGCUCACAUGAAUCGAUACGCUCAGGACCAAUGUAUAGUAAUAAGUGGUGAAAGUGGAGCAGGAAAAACCGAGAGCACAAAAUUGAUUUUGCAGUAUUUGGCAGCUAUUAGUGGAAAGCACUCAUGGAUAGAACAACAAAUUCUAGAAGCUAAUCCAAUUUUAGAAGCAUUUGGAAAUGCAAAGACUGUUAGAAAUGACAAUUCAUCUCGAUUUGGAAAAUACAUAGACAUUCAUUUCAAUCAUCAAGGCGUAAUAGAAGGAGCUAAAAUAGAACAGUAUCUGUUGGAAAAAUCUCGAAUAGUAUCUCAAAGCAUGGAUGAGAGGAAUUAUCAUAUAUUUUAUUGCAUGUUGGCCGGUCUCUCAAAGGACGAAAAGCAAAAACUUGAACUGGAAGACGCAUCAUCGUAUAGGUAUUUGGUGGGGGGCGGUAGCAUUACAUGUGAAGGACGCGACGAUGCUGUUGAAUUUGCAGACAUUAGAUCAGCAAUGAAAGUAUUAUUAUUUACUGAUUCUGAAAUUUGGGACAUUUUAAAAUUAUUAGCAGCUUUAUUACACAUAGGAAAUGUUAAAAGUAGAGCUACUGUUGUAGACAAUUUGGAUGCAACUGAAAUUCCCGAACAAACGAAUGUAACGAAAGUAGCUCAAUUAUUAGGUGUUCCUAUUCAAUCUUUAAUAGAUGCUCUUACGAGGCGGACGAUAUUCGCGCACGGUGAGACAGUGAUAUCGACGCUUUCAAGAGAACAAUCCGUAGACAUUAGAGAUGCUUUUGUGAAAGGAAUUUAUGGACGAUUAUUUAUUCACAUAGUGAAGAAAAUUAAUGAAGCCAUUUUUAGACCAAAACAUACUUCUCGUAGUGCUAUAGGCGUAUUAGACAUUUUCGGCUUUGAGAACUUUAAUCAUAAUAGUUUUGAACAAUUUUGCAUAAACUAUGCAAAUGAGAAUUUACAGCAAUUUUUCGUUCAACAUAUCUUUAAAUUGGAACAAGAGGAAUACAAUCACGAGGGAAUAAAUUGGCAACAUAUUGAAUUUGUCGACAAUCAGGAUGCUUUGGACUUAAUUGCUGUUAAACAAUUAAAUAUAAUGGCUUUAAUAGAUGAAGAAUCAAAAUUUCCAAAGGGUACAGACCACACAAUGUUGGCAAAAAUCCACAAGACUCAUGGGACCCAUAAAAAUUAUCUGAAACCAAAGUCUGACAUAAAUACAUCUUUCGGUUUGAAUCAUUUUGCUGGUGUAGUUUUUUACGAUACUAGAAGUUUCUUAGAGAAAAACAGAGACACGUUUAGUGCAGAUUUAUUACAACUGAUUCACAUUUCUUCAAAUAAGUUUCUUCAACUGUGCUUUGUUGAGGACAUCGAAAUGGGUUCUGAAACGAGAAAAAGAGCUCCUACAUUGUCUACGCAAUUCAAAAAGUCUUUAGACUCCUUAAUGAAGACCUUAUCUACCUGUCAGCCAUUUUUUAUUAGAUGUAUUAAACCUAAUGAAUAUAAAAAGCCAAUGAUGUUCGAUCGAGGACUUUGUUGUCGACAACUGAGGUAUUCGGGAAUGAUGGAAACUAUUAGAAUACGUAGAGCAGGAUAUCCUAUUCGGCAUGCUUUUCCAGAAUUUGUUGAAAGAUAUAGAUUUUUAAUUCCUGGAAUACCUCCAGCACACAAGACUGAAUGCCGUGUUGCAACGUAUAAAAUUUGUCAUGCUGUGCUAGGCAGAUCUGAUUAUCAGCUGGGACAUACCAAAGUAUUUUUAAAAGAUGCUCACGACCUUUUUCUAGAACAAGAACGCGAUCGAGUUCUUACUCGAAAAAUAUUAAUUCUUCAGCGCAAUAUUCGAGGUUGGGUUUACAGAAGAAGGUUUCUACGUAUGCGAUCAGCAGCCAUAAUCAUCCAAAAAUUGUGGAGAGGUUACGCUCAAUCGCAGAGAUUUAAACUUAUGCGCAUUGGUUACAUGCGUCUUCAGGCUCUAAUAAGAUCGCGAGUUCUUUCCCACAGAUUCAGACACCUUCGAGGUCAUAUUGUUGCCCUACAAGCCCGAGCAAGAGGACAUCUAGUUCGGAGGAUGUACAGAAAGAAAAUGUGGGCAAUUGUUAAAAUUCAAGCCCACGUGCGACGAUUGAUUGCCCAGAGAAGAUAUAAAAAAAUUAUGUACGAAUAUCGUCUUCAUGUGGAAGCUCUGAGACUGCGGAAAAAGGAGGAAAGAGAAUUGAAGGAUCAAGGAAAUAAAAGAGCCAAAGAAAUAGCAGAACAACACUUUAGGGAAAGACUACAAGAACUGGAAAGAAAGGAAAUCGAAAUGGAAAUAGAAGACAGACGAAGAAUGGAAAUUAAAAAGAAUUUGAUUAAUGAUGCAGCUAAAAAGCAGGACGAACCUGUUGACGACAGUAAAUUAGUGGAAGCUAUGUUCGAUUUCUUACCUGACUCAAGCAGUGAAGCUCCUACUCCCGGAAGGGAAACUUCAGUUUUCAAUGAUCUUCCAGCACCAAAAAUAGAUCAACAGGAAAUUAUCAGUCCCCUUCAAACUGCAUCCGAAGAUGAAGAAGACCUGUCUGAAUAUAAAUUUCAGAAAUUUGCUGCAACAUACUUUCAGGGAAAUAUUAAUCAUCAGUAUUCGAGAAAGCCUUUAAAGCAUCCUCUUCUUCCGUUACAUACCCAAGGAGAUCAACUGGCGGCGCAAGCAUUAUGGAUAACAAUUUUAAGAUUUACUGGUGAUUUACCCGAACCUAGAUAUCAUACUAUGGACAGGGAUAAUACUUCUGUUAUGUCUAAAGUAACUGCUACUUUAGGUCGAAAUUUUAUAAGGAGUAAAGAAUUUCAAGAAGCACAGUUAAUAGGCAUGGACCCGGAUGCUUUCAUGAAGCAGAAGCCACGAUCCAUCAGGCACAAACUUGUUUCACUAACUCUUAAGCGUAAAAAUAAAUUAGGAGAAGAUGUGCGAAGAAAAUUACAGGAAGAUGAAUACACAGCAGACAGUUAUCAAUCGUGGCUUGAAGCUAGACCGACGUCGAACCUUGAGAAGCUGCACUUUAUAAUAGGUCACGGAAUUCUACGAGCCGAACUGAGAGACGAAAUCUAUUGUCAAAUCUGCAAACAGUUGUCAAACAAUCCUUCAAAAUCUUCACAUGCACGUGGUUGGAUUCUACUUUCUCUAUGCGUAGGUUGCUUCGCACCUUCGGAAAAGUUUGUCAACUACCUUCGAGCAUUUAUAAGAGAGGGUCCGCCUGGCUACGCGCCUUAUUGUGACGAUAGACUAAAAAGAACAUUCAAUAACGGAACUCGAAAUCAACCUCCCAGUUGGUUGGAACUGCAAGCUACAAAAUCCAAGAAGCCAAUUAUGCUCCCCAUAACAUUUAUGGAUGGCAACACAAAAACAUUAUUAGCCGAUUCGGCGACCACUGCCAGGGAAUUGUGCAAUCAACUUUCGGAUAAGAUUUCAUUGCGGGAUCAAUUUGGAUUUUCCCUCUAUAUUGCUCUUUUUGAUAAGGUGUCAUCUUUGGGGAGCGGAGGUGACCAUGUGAUGGACGCUAUAUCGCAAUGUGAACAAUAUGCCAAAGAACAAGGAGCUCAAGAGAGAAAUGCACCUUGGAGACUGUUUUUUCGAAAAGAAAUAUUCGCACCCUGGCAUGAACCAACGGAGGAUCAAGUUGCUACGAAUUUGAUUUAUCAACAAGUAGUGAGGGGAGUUAAGUUUGGGGAGUACAGAUGCGACAAGGAAGAAGACUUGGCAAUGAUUGCAGCUCAACAAUACUACAUAGAGUAUCAUACGGACAUGAAUGUAGAUAGACUAUUUACACUCUUACCAAACUACAUUCCAGACUACUGUCUAACCGGCAUUGAGAAAGCUAUUGAUAGAUGGGGACAUCUUGUAUUACAAGGUUAUAAAAAAAGUUAUUAUUUAAAAGAAAAAGUACCUGCUUUACGAGUUAAGGAAGAUAUAGUAGGAUAUGCAAAAUUUAAGUGGCCUUUACUAUUUUCUCGUUUUUAUGAAGCGUACAGAAAUUCAGGUCCAAAUUUACCUAAGAAUGAUGUGAUCAUUGCUGUUAAUUGGACUGGAGUCUAUGUCGUUGACGAUCAAGAACAGGUUCUUUUGGAACUAUCGUUUCCUGAAAUAACCAGCGUCUCUAGUCAAAAAACCAACAAAAUAUUUACACAAACCUUUAGUUUGUCGACUGUGCGAGGAGAGGAAUUUAUGUUUCAAAGUCCUAACGCUGAGGAUAUUCGUGACUUAGUGGUAUACUUUUUGGAAGGAUUGAAGAAACGUAGUAAAUUUGUUAUUGCAUUACAAGAUUACAAGGCGCCUGGUGAAGGGUCGUCUUUCUUAAAUUUCCAAAAAGGAGAUUUAAUUACUCUGGAAGAUGAAAACACAGGGGAAACUGUACUCAAUUCUGGAUGGUGCAUUGGUUUGUGUGACAGAACUGGAGAGAAAGGAGACUUUCCAGCAGAAACAGUUUAUGUUUUACCAUCUCUAACAAAGCCACCGAAUGAUAUUUUGGCCCUUUUUAAUAUUGAAAAUUCAGAGAAUGGACGCAGACUCUACCCUCAACAGAUCAAUGGUGUAGAAUCUCGUGAUAAGCCUCACACUUUAGUCGAAUAUGCAAUUGAUCACUUCAGAACUCCGCCAAAAAAAUCUAUUUCAAAGGCAUUAACUUUAACAACUGCAAGGCGAGGUUACACUGAUGAAUUAUGGAGACAUUCGAGGGAACAAAUAAAACAACCGUUGUUAAAAAAAUUAAUAUCCAAAGAAGAACUGUCAGAAGAGGCAUGUUAUGCUUUUACUGCUGUUUUGAAAUACAUGGGAGAUUUGCCAACCAAAAGGCCCAGGAUUGGUAAUGAGUACACUGACCAAAUUUUUGAUGGACCUUUAAAAAAUGAAAUACUACGUGACGAAAUAUACUGUCAGAUUAUGAAGCAAUUGACAAAUAAUCGAAAUCGAAUGAGUGAAGAACGUGGAUGGGAAUUAAUGUGGCUAGCUACAGGAUUGUUCACUUGCAGCCAAAGUCUAUUAAAGGAGUUAACAUUAUUCUUAAGAACAAGAAGACAUCCUAUUUCACAAGAUUCAUUACAAAGAUUGCAGAAAACAUUGCGUAACGGACAAAGAAAAUAUCCCCCUCAUCAAGUGGAAGUUGAAGCUAUUCAACAUAAAACGACCCAAAUUUUCCACAAAGUUUAUUUUCCUGAUGAUACAGAUGAGGCAUUUGAAGUCGAUUCAUCAACAAGAGCUAAAGAUUUUUGCCAGAACAUCGCUCAAAGAUUAAGUCUUCGAACAUCUGAAGGUUUCAGUCUAUUCGUCAAAAUCGCUGACAAAGUAAUCUCUGUUCCUGAAGGCGAUUUCUUCUUUGACUUCGUCCGACACUUGACUGAUUGGAUAAGAAAAGCCCGCCCAUCUAGAGAUGGUACAUCACCACAAUUCACAUAUCAAGUAUUUUUUAUGAAAAAACUUUGGACAAAUACUGUUCCCGGCAAAGACAGAAAUGCUGACUUAAUAUUCCACUUUCAUCAAGAGCUUCCAAAAUUACUCAGAGGAUACCACAAGUGCACUAAAGAAGAAGCGUCUAGAUUGGCGGCUUUGGUUUAUAGAGUCCGAUAUGGAGAAAGUAAGCAAGAGUUACAGGCUAUUCCUCAAAUGUUGCGAGAAUUGACACCUGGUGAUUUAAUAAAAGUCCAAAAUGCUAAUGAAUGGAAAAGGUCAAUAGUUGCUGCUUACAACCAAGACGCAGGUAUGAGUCCAGAAGAUGCUAAAAUAACAUUCCUGAAAAUUGUAUAUAGAUGGCCAACUUUUGGAUCAGCUUUCUUUGAAGUAAAGCAAAGUACAGAAUCACAAUAUCCAGAACUACUGCUUAUUGCUAUCAAUAAACAUGGAGUUAGCCUUAUUCAUCCUCAAUCAAAGGAUAUCCUAAUAACACAUCCAUUUACUAGAAUCUCCAACUGGUCUUCGGGAAACACAUAUUUCCACAUGACAAUAGGAAAUUUAGUGCGUGGAACAAAACUAUUGUGUGAAACUUCACUAGGUUACAAAAUGGAUGAUCUUUUGACUUCGUACAUAUCAUUAAUGCUUACAAACAUGAACAAACAACGUACAAUAAGGAUAAAAUAAAUUAGUAGCAGGACAGUGUUAUAUAAGUUUUAGCGUAAUUAAAUAAUGUUUAUGAUAUUAUUAGCUUUUGUUUGUAGAAUUUACUCGUAUUUCUAAAGUUUAUCUAAAGCAGAAUCGUUACGACCACUAAAGAAGGUUCAAUAUUUAAUAUUAAUUAGUAUUUUGUUUAUACAUUCCAUUUUCGCUUAAAAUUAUAAUCAGAUUUAUUAUUGCUGUGGUAAAAUGGUAUAAUUUGAAAAUUAUCAUCAGCGACAAUCAAAAAUAGAAUUCUCCAUAUAAAAGAUCACAAAAAAUUGUUAAUAAGCUUUUACUUGUUAUCAGUUUUUGAAUUAAUUAUUUUUAACUAUUUAAAUAAGGUAAAACCUAUUUAAACUCAUAUAUAUUGUAAAAAAAUUUAUGUAUUUAACGAAAUUAAUUAUUUUCUAUGUUACUAAAUUUACUAAAAUGAAAUAUUCAAUAACUGCAUAUAUAUCAAAUGAAAAUGACAAAAAAUAUAUUUUUAAUGGAACUGACAAUGCUUAUCUCGUAGAAAGUUACGAGAAAGACUAAUCUAAUAGUCGGACUAAUCUACACUGAAAAAUUAUUUUAAUAAAUUUUAAUACAUUUUAUUA